AUGCGAGGAUGGAAUGCAGACUGGACGACGAAGAGUUUCCAACCCGUGGACCAGUUGGAGUGCGAUGGCUGGGUUGAUCAUCCCGUCAUGGUGAUUCAGCGGGACACCUUCGCGAAUCUGUUUCACGACUCGGAAGAUUUCGUCAACGCCUUCCUGGCGAUGUCUAUCCUCAGAAAACGCCCGGGGGAUGUGCAGGUGCUGCUGACCGACCUUUAUCCGCGAGGACCAUUCUGGCCCAUGUGGGACAAGGUGUUCGGAGUGGGACGCUCAACGCUGACGGCAUGGGACGUAGGGCUGGAGUAUGGCACAGGGAAGGUGUGCUUUAGGGACCUUACCGUGGGCAUCUUUGGCCCCGCCGCUCCGACGACGAUGGCCAGGAUGGUGACCCCCUGCUUCCACACGGCGCUCGUCAGGGCUUACUCGGACUUCGUCAUCAGGCUUGUGUUUUGUUCCAACAACAAUCUCGUCUUUGUUUCCAAAACCGUCCGCGGCAGAGGCCUAGAUCUCCAGGGGAUGACGAGCUACGCGUCCCCUCCCUCGAAGAAGGUGGUGGUCACGUGGAUGGCUAGGAGGUCUUCCGUUCAGUGGCCCGAGCGAGCCUUUUGCAGCGAGGACGGGAGGGAUUCGUUCUUCACGUGCGAGUACUUCAGCCACCUCGACACGCGGGAGCUGCAGCGCAAGGUCAAGAACGAGGCAGAUGUGAGAGACGACAAAGCUUGGCCGAGUCACACCCCUCACUCUGGGGUUGUGCAAGGACUUAAGGCCCUCGAGGGCGAAGAGUUUUCCAACGGUGCGGUUGUGGAGGUUCGGGACGCGGACUACAACCUCCUCAGCUUCGAGGAGCAGAUUAAGCACGACCUAGAGACGGACGUAAUGGUACCUCUUCUUUGGACUCGUCGGCUGGGUCACACGUUGUACAACCCGGUUUCACCCAGGGCGAAGAUUGAACGUGGGAAAUUGCUGAUCUUUCCAUGCCCCUCCAUCUCCACCUCCCCCGUCUUUCUCGUUGCCGGGACCCCCAUCGAUGCGCACAAGAUCGGUCCGCACGGGGCCGGAUUGUUCCACAUUAUCUUCACCCCUGACCGAGCCAGCCUCAUCGAGCUUCAGAUAGACCAGACCAAAGCCCGGAAGCACUUCAACAACCUGGCCAAGUGGUCGGGCCACGGCUACAAAGCGUCGGGCGGGCCCAACCCCGUGAAUGUGGCGGACACAGUAGGCAUGGUGCGGGAGGCCAUCGGCGACAUGGACCUCUCAAGGCACUAA